ACCAGAUAACAAGCAGCUCACCAAGUUUUUGCUCAAAACUAAGGGCCCCGCAUUAUUAGUCUGUGUGUGGCAGUGUUUCGUUCUUGGUUCUCCGAAUUUUCACUUGAUGACGAUCGAAAAAAUAACCGUGUGAAACGAAUAGAUUGUUCAAAAUGAAGCUUUACUAGCUUAAACUUGCGGAAUUAUAAUUCUGAACAAACUUCUUCUCUUCGAUUCGGCUGACGUCGAAGGGGAGAAAAACUGCCCUGGAAGUGCAUCUGCAACGCGUUGAUGUUGCUGUUUCGUUCCGGCAGAAGAAUCAUGAGCACCAGCUAUCCAGAUGCCCCGCUUGGUAUUCGAAUUGUUUCUGCCAUCAGCGGCAAGCUUUGUCCACGAUGGCAGAUCAAUCGGCUGCUCUGGUUCAAAUGCUCGGUGCUCACGCUGACCUACCUGGCGUACAUGUGCUACCACAUGACACGGAAACCGAUCUCGGUGGUCAAAUCCGUACUCCAUCGGAACUGUUCCGGGGUGCAGCUGCCGCCGGAGUUUAUCAACAACGGGGAUGAUGUGCCGGGCGGUGAUAGCACCUGGUGUGACUAUCCGCCCUUCGACGGACCGGACUCGGCAGCCCUGCUGGGCACGCUGGAUUCGUCGUUUUUAUUCAGCUAUGCCAUUGCGAUGUUCUUUUCGGGUUUCAUUGCGGAACGCGUCUCCCUGCGAUACUUUUUGGCGCUGGGAAUGCUGUUUUCCGGAAUAUUCUGCUACCUGUUUGGAGUGGCUAAGGUGUACGACGUGCACUCGUUGAUGUACUUUGUGUUUGUUCAAGCCAUGGCCGGGAUGUUCCAAACGACGGGAUGGCCGAGCGUUGUGACCAUCGUAAGCCGAUGGUUUGGAAAAGCAAAACGGGGGUUGAUCUUUGGCAUCUGGAACAGUCACACUUCCAUUGGGAACAUCUUGGGAUCGUUGAUUGCUGCUCAUUACGUGGAACGUGACUGGUCGAUGUCGUUUAUCGUGCCCGGCUUUCUGAUGGGGGUGUUUGGGUUUGUUAUGUUUUUGUUCCUGGUCGAUCGACCGGAGAUCGUGGACUGCCAGGAGAAGGUUGGCGAUCGUCGAGCUGGUUAUAGACGACUGGACGACGGUAGAACGGCUGAUGCGGGUGGUAAUUCGGAUCCUGAGGACCUUAUUGACACUAGAAGUGAACAGGUUAACCCUUCCCUAAGAAGCUUACACGGCAGCUUCUAUUCUAAUGUAGACGUUGAUGAACGCACACCGAUUAUUGGCAGUAUUAAUCGGGAGCCGGUGGAAGACGACGCGAUCGGAUUUAUGGGAGCCAUCAAAAUUCCGGGUGUGAUUGAAUUUUCCCUCUGUCUGUUUUUCUCCAAACUGGUCAGCUACACAUUCCUCUACUGGCUGCCGUUGUACAUUCAGGCUUCAACCACGCUGAGCGCCGAACUGAGUGCAGAUUUAUCGACGCUGUUCGAUAUCGGUGGCAUCGUUGGCGCCAUCGCGGCCGGCCUGCUGUCCGACUACACCGGAAUGUCCGCCACGACCUGCACGGUGAUGCUUGCGUUGGCCGCUCCUUCGUUGCUGCUUUAUCAACAAUGGGGUGCCCUCUCGUUAUCGUUCAACAUCUGUCUGCUGUUUGUGGCCGGAGUGCUGGUGAACGGGCCGUACGCUCUUAUCACUACUUCUGUUAGUGCUGAACUAGGCCAACACAGUUCGCUGAACGGGAAUGGAAAGGCGUUAGCUACGGUGACAGCUAUAAUCGAUGGAACUGGUUCCAUUGGUGCCGCCGUUGGUCCCCUGGUCGCCGGCCUGGUUUCGUCGUCAGGAUGGCAGAACGUGUUCUACAUGUUGAUUGCGUCGGAUAUUCUUGCCCUGUUGCUGCUGCUGCGGCCAGUUUCCAAAGAGCUCAAACGGCGCUCUCGACGGCGCAACGUCCGGAUAGAGUAAUUAGUCCAAAUGUUAAAUGUUAGACUGUUUGUUUCGAGGCAUAAGGGGCCAAUUGGGGCCAGCUUUCGAAACAUUUUGACAUUUUUUACGCUGUAAUUUUCCAAUUUAUGCCUCGGAUAUUUUUUUAAUAAUCAGUUAAAAUAUGCUCUGCUAUGCGAGAAGCUUUAAAUAAAA